AUGGGCAGUUCGAGUGUUAAAGUUCGCGGCACAAGCUGGCUACGCCUCUUGAUGACUUUGUGCCGCUGGAUGGGCGUGUCGCCGCCCACAGAGAGAUUUCGUUAUGUGCACUUGGUGUGGUCUCUGAUGCUAUUGGCGUGCGUGUGGACCGCUACAAUUAACAGAAUGAUCACCAUGAAGUUCCACGAGAAAGUCUUAACCAUACAGAAGUUGUUCUACUUUGCCGAGUAUCCAGCAAACAUGUUCAUGACGGCCACCUUUUCGCUUAGAGUCUAUCGCAGCGCCAAUUUCUACAGACGGCUCUGGUUUCAGCUGCAGCGCCAGCAGGUGCAUCUCUUUGAGAAUGCUGGCGAGACUGAAGAACUCUAUACCCGUUUUGGGAGUCAUGUGCUGCUUUGGCUGUUGGUCGUACUCAUCUUUAAUGGGAUAUGCGCUAUUGUGGACAGUGCCUGGCUGCAUUUCUAUUGGCCUUUAGCUGUCCCAAGCUUCGGUGCCCACGUUCUGCCCAGCAUUAUGAUCAGCUUGUGCCUGCUGCAAUAUGUGAUGAUGCAGCAAUUUCUCUCUCUACUUUACAUGCAGCUUAACAAACGCGUGGCGCAGCUGCAGUUGCCUCCAAAUGGCCUCCGUAUCCGGACUAUAUCAUGCUCGGAAGUUGAGUUCAAAUUGGAGCAGUUGCGUUUGGUUUAUGUAGCUUUGGAGGAGGUGCAAACAAUGUUGUUGUAUAGAUUCGGGAUGGUACUGCUGCUGAAUUUUGCCAACUCAUUGCUGAGCUUCUCCUACGAGAUGUUCAAUAUGUUUCGCCUUCUGGAACUGGCCAAAUGGAAGGACUGGGUGCUCUACAGCUACCGUUCGCUUUGGCUGCUCCUCCACGGCUCACGCGUUUGGUUUGUCCUCAAAGUCAAUGAGCGCAUAGCGGAGCAGAAACACCAGCUGUGCCUGUUUCUCAAUAAGCUGGACGCAAGUGAUGCGCACCUGGAACGCGUCGUGAAUCAUUUUCUGGUGCAGCUCCAGGCCAAUAUGUCGCAACCUUUGGCUGUCUGUGGCGUUGUCGAUUUGGACACCCUUGCGGUGGGAGGGUUUAUCAACGCUCUGAUGGCCAUUGUUAUAUUCCUUAUACAAAUGGAUCUGGGCAAUAAAUCGUUAAUGGGAUUUGUCUAA